AUUGGAGUGAAGGCGGGAAAGGAAAACUGUACGCGAGAAAUGCGCGCGCUGCUUAUAAAGAAAAAGUGCAUUUAGGGUUGAAUUCAUUAACUUGUGAACCAUUGAACGAUAUACAACUGCGUACUACAGUACUUGGUUAACAACUAUUUUAACUCGUUUUUAUUUCAAGAUUUAGUGAAAAAAAAAAUAAAAGACCAUGUCUCAAUCUCAAGUAGCCGGCAAAGAAAACAUUACGGACAACAUGGAAAAAUUCUCGCUAAAGAGCCCCAGCAAGAAAAUUCUGACGGAGAACGCCAGCAACGUUCGCAAAAUGUCGAUCACCCCGGAAGAUACAGCCAAAGAUCAAGUCAACAGCAAUGGCAAGACUGAACAGACCAUAAUGGAUAAGGUUGCUUCACCAUUUGAUCCUACGCUGGAGCCGCUGCUCAGAGAGAAUCCUCGUCGCUUUGUUAUCUUUCCCAUACAAUAUCAUGAUAUUUGGCAGAUGUACAAGAAGGCGGAGGCCUCUUUCUGGACUGUAGAGGAGGUGGAUCUAUCCAAGGAUAUGAGCGAUUGGGAACGUUUAACUGAUAAUGAACGUCAUUUCAUCUCCCAUGUGCUUGCCUUCUUUGCAGCCUCCGAUGGCAUUGUGAAUGAAAACCUUGUUGAGCGCUUUAGCCAAGAGGUGCAAAUCACUGAAGCUCGUUGUUUCUAUGGCUUUCAAAUAGCCAUGGAGAAUGUGCACUCGGAGAUGUACAGCGUGCUGAUAGAUACAUAUAUAAGGGAUCCACAGCAACGCGACUAUCUGUUCAAUGCAAUUGAAACAAUGCCCGCUGUCAAGCGAAAGGCCGAUUGGGCGCUCUCUUGGAUAUCAUCGAAGGCGGCGAAUUUUGGCGAGCGAAUCAUUGCGUUUGCUGCCGUGGAGGGAAUUUUCUUUAGCGGCAGCUUUGCCUCGAUCUUUUGGCUGAAGAAGCGUGGACUGAUGCCCGGUUUGACCUUCUCCAAUGAGUUGAUCUCACGUGACGAGGGCUUGCAUUGUGAUUUUGCGGUAAUGAUGUUCCGGCAUUUGGUGCAACGUCCUAAGCGGGAGCGCAUAAUUGAGAUCAUCACGGAUGCUGUGAAGAUUGAACAAGAAUUCCUCACAGAUGCUCUGCCCGUCAAUUUAAUUGGCAUGAAUUGUGCAUUAAUGUCCGAAUAUAUUGAGUUUGUGGCCGAUCGUCUGCUGGUGGAACUCGGUGUUGGCAAACUCUACAACACAAAGAAUCCAUUUACCUUUAUGGAGAUGAUCUCGCUGGAUGGAAAAACGAAUUUCUUCGAGAAGAAAGUGGGGGAGUAUCAGCGUAUGGGUGUCACAUCGAAUCGUUUAGACAAUGUCUUUACACUUGAUGCGGAUUUCUAAAAUUAAAUCUCGCAAUCCUCACAGCUGCAGGUUCCGGGUGUUAUUUUUAUUCACUAUAUAUUUUAAUCAUUAACUAUUUUUCCUAGUAUCUAAGACUACAUUUAUGUGGACACAUAACUUAGCUAAUCAUUAUUGUCAUUCCUUUUCCAAAAAAAAAAAAAUCAAACCAUUGAAUUACCUGA